GAGUCAGGGGGCGGACCCUAGGCGGUACAACAUGGCGGCGCUCGGCACGCAGCUUCCGUGACCUGUAGCCGCGCGCGUCUGUGUUUGUAGCUGAACUUGGGUGGGUGCGGGCGGCUCCGCGGGGCAGAAGCCGGAGAGGGAGCCAUGGGAACGGUGCACGCCCGGAGUCUGGAGCCACUCCCAUCCAGUGGAACUGACUUUGGAGCACUGGGGGAAGAAGCUGAGUUUGUGGAAGUUGAACCUGAAGCGAAACAGGAAAUCUUGGAAAACAAAGAUGUGGUGGUUCAGCAUGUUCAUUUUGAUGGACUUGGACGGACUAAGGAUGACAUCAUCAUUUGUGAAAUUGGAGAUGUCUUUAAGGCUAAAAACCUCAUUGAGGUAAUGCGGAGAUCUCAUGAAGCCCGGGAAAAACUGCUUCGCUUAGGAAUUUUUAGACAAGUGGAUGUUUUGAUCGACACGUGUCAUGGUGAAGAUGCCCUGCCAAAUGGGUUAGAUGUCACCUUUGAAGUGACGGAGCUGAAGAGACUGACGGGCAGUUACAACACCAUGGUUGGAAACAAUGAAGGCAGCAUGGUACUCGGCCUCAAACUCCCCAACCUUCUGGGACGUGCAGAAAAAGUGACUUUCCAGUUUUCUUAUGGAACCAAAGAAACUUCCUACGGCCUGUCCUUCUUCAAGCCACAGCCUGGAAACUUCGAGAGAAACUUCUCUGUAAACUUAUAUAAAGUUACUGGGCAGUUCCCGUGGAGCUCGCUUCGGGAGACGGACAGAGGAGUGUCUGCCGAGUGCAGUUUUCCCCUGUGGAAGACCAGUCACACUGUCAAGUGGGAGGGGGUGUGGCGAGAACUGGGCUGCCUCUCCAGGACUGCUUCAUUCGCUGUGCGGAAGGAAAGUGGACACUCAUUGAAGUCGUCUCUCUCGCACGCCAUGGUCAUCGACUCUCGGAAUUCAUCCAUCUUGCCAAGAAGAGGGGCCUUGCUCAAAGUCAACCAGGAGCUGGCAGGCUACACUGGAGGAGAUGUGAGCUUCAUCAAGGAAGACUUUGAGCUUCAGCUGAAUAAGCCUCUUGUGUUGGACUCGGUAUUCUCCACAUCUCUCUGGGGUGGAAUGUUGGUGCCCAUCGGUGACAAGCCAUCCAGCAUUGCUGACAGGUUUUACCUGGGAGGCCCCACGAGUGUCCGAGGAUUUAGCAUGCACAGCAUUGGACCCCAGAGUGAAGGAGAUUACCUGGGUGGAGAGGCCUACUGGGCUGGGGGCCUGCACCUCUACACCCCACUGCCCUUCCGGCCAGGCCAGGGUGGCUUCGGAGAGCUUUUCAGAACUCACUUUUUCCUCAAUGCGGGUAACCUGUGCAACCUCAACUAUGGUGAGGGCCCCAAAGCCCAUAUCCGGAAGCUAGCUGAAUGCAUCCGCUGGUCCUAUGGAGCAGGCAUCGUCCUCAGACUUGGCAACAUCGCUCGGCUGGAGCUGAACUACUGCAUUCCUAUGGGUGUGCAGCGGGGCGACAGGAUUUGUGAUGGCGUCCAGUUUGGAGCUGGGAUUCGGUUCCUGUAACUUGAAUCCCAGGGCAGCUUGGAUGAGCAAUGGGAGGCUCCCAGGCUGCAUGCCUGUUUGAAGGUGACACAGUUGAGUGCUUCUGGGCCGUAAUCCUUAUGGGAAAUCACAUCAAUAAAUUUUAAACACUCA